UGUGCAAUCGUUUGUGUGUGGUGUUUUCCUGUUUUGGGAAUGUGUUGCAUCGAUGCGUGCCUUUUAGCACCGCGCGCACGUGUUUCGGGAGCUGGAGCUGGUGAGGAGGAGGACAGUGAAAGCAGGUUUCCAUUGGCUGAACAUGUACGUGACUCUGUGUCAAAUCCAUCAUCAAGGACGAUAUCCCCUGUUUCCACUCCAGAAACUGGGCAUCCAACAGGGACGUCUGGGGCAUGGUCGGCAAUGUCUCCUCCAUCCAAUUCACAGCAGAUGUCAUCUCCCUCCGCUCAGGUGCCAAAGGACAGAGAGUGGGCUGGAGCAGGACCGCAGACGAGAGGACGAGCGCCUCAAACACCAGGACAGUCAGGACUGCAUCUUGGUUCAUCUGCAUCAGUUUCUUUGGUGCAAUCCGUCUCACCAGCUGGGGAUGCUCGAUCAUCACCAACUAAUAUGUCAUCAGGAGCAGCCAGAGAUGGAUUACGGUCAGGUGCCAUUGCAGCUUGUUCUGGUGUGGCAAUGACAGCAUCAGCAGCAGCAAAUGAUGCUACAGCAGAAAAUGUCUCACCUUCUGGUUCUGGAGCAGUGGAUGCGCGAGGAGGUUGCGGUAGUGUACCCAAGGAAGUGACCAAGGAGGAUGGCACUGUGAAGCGUGCAGUGCCAGAUGAUGCAACUCGCCGUGAAGGAGGUGGAGCCAAAGCACCGUUGGAGCCACCGCCAAGCCAGCCGCCAGCACAGCAUGAGGGAAGGAAGAGGAAGCGGAAGCCUGUGCCAGAGAAGCUUCCCUUGAUAACACCUCCACCGGGAAAUAAACCCCCUGAUCCGAUGAUCAAGCCACGCAACAAGCCCAAGCGGAUCACACCAGGAAGGGAUGCGACUCCUAAGGAUGGUGGUUCAAAGCAUGGUUUGGCAGGACAGAGAAUUCUCAGAGAUGAUGGAGCCUUGUCGUUGGCCAGGGAGGGAGAGGAGGUUGGUGCAGUGAGCUCUGGAGGCUCUGAGUUGGUGGGAACUUGUGCCACGCCUGCGGCAACAGGUGAAAAGAGUGCUCUGCCCCUGAAGCUUCGCAGCAAGAAGCAGCGCAUGGGAGUGGCAACAGCAGGGUCAGCGUCGAUGAGUGGUGGACCGGCUGAAAAUGGCAGUGCGUGUGAUGGGGUGGAAAACAGACUGCCUUCAGGUGCCGUGCAAGGAAGUUCUGGUGAAGAAAUUGUUACCCACCCCAAAGGUGGGGCAGAGCACACAAGGGGUGGGACUGGUGGAUCAGUCACGACAGGGAGUGAGCAUCCCACUUCGCCGAAGCCAAGAGAACCAGCAACUUGUGCCCAUGUAACAACAGGGUUAAAAGGUGCUAGUGGAAAGGCAAGAUUGAUGCAUGCUUUGUUAUCGCCUUCGGUUCAAAGAUGGUGCAUGUGCGAGUGGUUCUACUCUGACAUUGAUCUGCCAUGGUUCAUCCGCAAUGAGUUUGUCGAGUACCUGCAGCACUUAGGCUUAGGACACGUAACAAGGCUGACUCGUGUCGAGUGGGGAGAGAUCCGGAGCUCUUUGGGAAAGCCGAGGCGCCUAUCGCAGGCCUUUCUGCGAGAAGAAAGGGGGAAACUGGCCUUGCAUAGAGAACUUGCAAGAAACCACUAUCAAGAGAUGCGUUCUGGGGUUGUAGAGGGAUUUUCCCAGGACUUUGCGAAGCCGCUUGCUGUGGGGCAGAGAGUGACGGCACGGCACCCGAAGAAAGGUCAGAUCCAUGAUGGCAGCGUUCUUACCGUUGACCGUGGAAGAUGCCGAGUCCAGUUUGAUCGCACGGAUCUGGGUGUCGAGCUUGUGGAGGAUACUGAUGUGAUGCCAGUGAACCCCAUGGAGAAUUUGCCAGACACAAUGAAGCGCAGAAGGAUGCCGGACGGAUUUGACGACUCGAGGAAUCGUGCUGGCUUACCUCUUUUGAAUGGAGUCCCGGCUACUGGGACUUUCGUUGCAAGUGGCACAAUUGGAAAUCACUUUAUUGACCAACCAAACGUCCCGGCGACCACGUAUGUCGGCAGGCGAACUAGGCCACAGGACAGGGAGCUCGAGCUUGAGCCUAUGCCGGUCGUCGAGAAAGUGGACACGGACGUAGAGUUUUUGCUGCACCGCCACGAUGAUCCGGACGAGGAAGAGGCCACCCGUGCGAAGGAGAUGGAGGACAGGGAUCGUGAACUUGUGGAGAGGCAGGUCGCUGAGGAGGAGGCCCGUCGUGCAGCGAUCCCUACACGCAGGGAGAGGGAGAGGAAUGCUGGAACUGCGAGGGAAGCGGAUGUCAGGGCCUUAGGAGAGCUUGCUAGAGUGCUUGACAAGAAGGAUCUGCUUCUUGCUGAACUACGCAGGAUGAACGAUGAGGUUGAAGGAGGCGCAAUCGCAGUAGAUGGCCUCGUUGGUGAGGCCAGUAGCAAGGCCGAUGCAUUUCAGCGGCAGUAUGCAACAGUUGUGCUGCAGCUUAAAGAAGUGAACAAGCAGGUAGAGAGGGCGCUCUUGAGAUUGAGACAGAGAAACAAGUAUCACGAGUCGACUUUACCACCAUGGCAGAAGGGUUCGCCACAGAUGUACUCUGGGGCAGGAAUGGUGUAUGGAGGUAUUCCAUCAUCGCCAUCGAAUGUGAAUGAUGGUUCUCAUCUCACAGCCUCUGGAAGUGGAGGCUUUGGAAUUGGCAUGUAUGGGGGUCUGUCAAGUGGGCUACCCCUUGCUAGUGCAAGGGGAAAUGGAAGUGUUUUUACUUCAGGCGUAGGUGUAGCGACAUCAGGAAGCUCGGCUGCUGCCACUGGAAAUGGGAGUGCGGUGAUGAGUCCUGUCAUUGAGGCUCCAUUCCCAAUCGGGGAGAUGGCAGCAUCUGCACGGCGUCAAGCAAGGGCGAUGGUUGCCUCUGUUGUACAGGCAUUUGCCUCAGAGAAAAUGGAGGCAGAGGAUCAGGCCGGGCGACCAACUUCACGGGAAUCGAGUGGUGAAGGGGCAAUGGAAGCCAACGGGGCUACAACCAGUGAGGGAGGCGGUGGAGCUGCUGCAGGUGGAGGCGUGGGCGCCACAGCCACCACAACUGGUGGAGAAAGUGGGAAAGACAGUGGUACUGCGGACUCCUGCCCAACGAGUAAGGUGUCAUCGUUGUCCCGUUCGGGUCGACCACCCCUUGUUCCACCGGAUCCGUUGGUUGGCAUCAACCCGCUCAUUAUGCCAGGAACGGCAAAGGAAGCAGCUCUCCUCACAGAGCUGAUGGCGUCCUGUGUCGCCACAUUGCUCAUGGUUCAGAAUUGUACAGAGAGAUCACUGCCACACUCCGAUGUGGUUCUCACGCUCGACUCGGCGUUGUCGUCGCUUCGCCCGCAUGACAGCUCGAACAGUUCCGUAUUCAAAGAAAUUGAGCGGUCGAUCGCCACUAUCAAGUCGCAGAUUGUCGCAGAAGUGCCUGCCACGCAUGUACCUUGACGAGGGAAGGGAAAUCCCUUCGAUUGCUGCCGCCGUUUGGCAGGUUCACAAGGAAGGUAGAGGAACAAAUAAUACUCUACCGACGAUAUCCUCCUCCUCCUCUCAAACCUUAGAAAGUUUGAACCCAUCGAGAGAUUUCUUCCAUGUGGCGCUGCGCAACACAAUGCUUAUUGGAAUCCAUGGGGAGCACAAUUUGACAAUUUGACACUCACUUUGUGAGUUCUUCUCUCCUGGCAGGCUGGCACUCAUUUCCUGAAGAUUGGCACCGACCACUUUCGCAAAGUUCUUACUACUGCUUCUUUCUUCUCUUUUUUAUAGCCAGGUGUUCUGUAAACACCCGAAUUCAUGUCAACACGCCACGUGUCCAUCCCACGGAAUGCAUGCGUGAUCAACCGAAGCAACACUUCCAUGUGACAUGAGAACUGUCGGUUCCUCAUGUGGAAGCUAUAUUCCCUGUUAAUGGGAUGUGCAAAUUUAUACUACAGGCUACAGCUUCUCCCGGAGUCUUCCUUUCGUACGUCUCAGACGACAUUGUCCGGCGGGGCCAAAAAACACUUGCGGAGUUUGCGGUCUGCCUGGAGGGUGGUUGCAUGGGACUGAAGACAAAGCAGUGAGUGCAUCUGGAGAGCGAGAAAACAGUAGCUUUGCAGUGCCUGCAUUGGACCGGGAGAGUCGUGAGAUAGUUUUGUGACGCCUGCGUGCGUUGGAUCUGCAACGUACAAAGAUAGCUUUUGUGGCGCGUGCAUCAGAUCUGCGGAGUUAGAGCGUAUCCGUUACUGCUACUGCGUUGCCGGCACCUGCAUUGGAGAUUAUUAUCAUCCAAUAAAUGCAACAAGAAGUAAAGAACGGCGCAAAUGCGCAUAUCAACGCAUCGUGCCUGUUCUGCCCAUCGCAGUUGAGGAUAGUCAGAGCAAAAUGGGAAGCAGCAGAGGGACCAAGGAGUCGAGAAGGAAAGACGCAUCUCUCUCUCGCUCCCUUUCCCUCUCUUCCCCCCCUCUCUCUCGCUCCCUCUCUUUCUCUCUCUCCGUGAGAGUGUGUGCUGACAGGGUUCGUUGGUUGACGAGGGACGAGUGGUAGGUAGGGCAGACAAGGCGAUGAGGUGGAAGAGAGCAUGAAGAGAGUUUUGAGGACAGGUGGAGGACUUGAGGAAAAGACGCAUCUCUCUCUCGCUCCAUUUCCCUCUCUCCCCCCCCUCUCUCUCUCUCUCCCUCUCUUUCUCUCUCUCCGUGAGAGUGUGUGCUGACAGGGUUCGUUGGUUGACGAGGGAGGAGUGGUAGGUAGGGGAGACAAGGGGAGGAGGUGGAAGAGAGCAUGAAGAGAGUUUUGAGGACAGGUGGAGGACUUGAGGGAAACUGAUUCUGGUGUGCUCCCGACCGACGGUGGGAUUAAGGGACGGCAGGGAGCGGAACGCGAAGCUGAAGAGAGUUCAGGGGAGAUGGUAAGAAAGGAGAAAAGGCGGGAAACCUGGAAACAGAGUGGGAUGAUGUGUGACUCACAAUGCGAAGGUGAAUUUGCUGCAGGGUGCCACACUGCCAGAUCAUCAGAGGAAUAUACCGUGCGAACGAGGUGUCAUAGGUCCCUGUGAAGCUGGUCGUCUCGACGAAGCCUUCUGUUCCUGGGAGGUUUCUCUGCAGUCGCUGAUGUCAUGUCUAUGAGGUGUGUGUUUCGGACCACCCUGUGACAUCCCUCGCUACUAUCCCGUCUCCCACGUCUCUUGCCUACAUUGACACCUGUGCAAUGGGGCUAGCGACUCGAAAAACCCCGUGAAAAAUGUAUCUAGCUUUAAAGUUUAAACAGGUUUUUUUUAAUGCACAAUUUGUAUAGAUUUAUAGAUUUUGAAAUUCCUGUAGAGUGAAAAAUUAACAUCC